AUGGGCCUUGUCGGCCACAUGCGCAUCCACGAGAGCGGCCUUGACCGCACUCCCGACACACCCACUACAUCCAACACAUCCACUGUGCACACCCCCACUCUCGCUCCAUCCGUCUGCGCCACCACCACCACCACCACCGCCUCCUCUGUAGGUGACACUGACACCGCCGACUUCUCAUGCCCACACUGUCCACGCACAUUCACCUCACGCAUCGGCCUGGUCGGUCACUUGCGAAUCCAUCGCACAGAGACUGGCGAACCAGUGCCUGGAGCACCCACCUAUAACCAACAAGCUCGUCUCAACUGCCCACACUGUCCUCGCACUUUCAGGCAUCGCAUGGGCCUAUUCGGCCACAUGCGCAUCCACGACGACCUGCGGUAG